AUGACAGGGAAUUUGAACCGGGACCGCGGCCCGGCGCGCGAGCAUUCCUCACAGCACUCACGCAUUGACUUUGCCCGCUGGCAUUUGGACAUUGAUGCCGUGCUGAACCGCUUCAUUCCAGCGCCGCCAUGGCACUUACUACCUCGACCUGUUUCGCAUUUCUUCGGAUACAGAGGAGACAAACCUCAAAAGGCACUGGGCAAUGUGGUCAUCGCAUUCUGGUCCCUAAUCGGUGUCUUCGGCGGCGUGCUUCUCAUCUCCGAGGUUUCAAUGCGUGUACCCGCUUUCCAGAACCACCAUGCGCCUAUCAUCGUGGGCAGUUUCGGUGCCGCAGCCGUGCUGGAAUUCGCGGCCAUCGAAUCCCCCUUCGCCCAGCCGCGAAACGCACUGUUCAGCCAGGUCAUCGCAAGCAUAAUCGGCAUUGCUAUCGCCAAGCUCUUUGCCCUGAAUCCCAGCGCGGAAUCUAAGCCUGAGCUCGCGGGGGCUCUUGCCUGCGCCAUCACCACCAUGGCCAUGGUCCUUACCAACACGGUCCAUCCGCCCGCGGGAGCAACCGCUCUGCUCGGCGCUACUGAACUUGCCCCUGUUGGCUGGUGGCUUAUCCCAGUCCUGCUGUUGGGUUGUUCGCUUAUGUUGUCGGCCGCCUUGGUACUCAAUAACAUCCAGCGCCGGUUUCCCGUGUACUGGUGGACGCCUCAUCCUUUGGGCAAGAAAGCGAGGCAGGAGCAGGCGCAGGAUGUUGAGAAGGCGCCGAAGAUCAAGCAGGGGAGUGAUUCGUCAUCGUCGGAUUUUGAGUACUCAGAGCCCAUGCAGGUUGUUAUUCGGCCUGGGAAAGUCGAGUGGUCGGAUAAUCUGUGGUUGGAUGCGGAUGAGAAGGAAGUGCUCGAAAGGAUUAGUGAGCGGAUGAGGCAUGGUUAA